AUUUAAUUAUAAGGAAUGUGCUACCAGCAAGCUUACACAUCAAUCUGACGUCAUGUGUUUUAUGAUUAACAAACUUUCGGUUUAUUAAAGAUAAGAUAAGUCGUAUCUUGCUUUAACAGUUAACUAAUGUAAAAAUGCUUUUGUUUACAUGAUUGUUGUGCUCAGAAAUUCGCACUGUGAUACUUCAGCGUUAGGAUCAGUUUUUUCUAAAAGUAAUUUAUAUAAUUCCAGAUUGGCAAAAAUAGAAAUCAAUAUGAACAUUAUUCUAGCCCUAGUUUUAAUCGGUUUAAAGGCGAUUUCUAAAACUUCGUCACAGACAAUAACCGGACUAGAUCAAUUUAAUGAAUCAAACCACACAAGUAAUUUUUAGAGACAUAUUCAAUAACACAUCUACAGACGCUUGGGAAGCGAUAAUAACUUCAUCACCGGUUGUGAAUAAAACCCGUUUGACAGAUACUACCAUUACUACUGGUAGUACGUUUUUAUCCUUUCUACCCGUUCAAAGUUCUCUAGAAAAAUUAUCAGAUCCUGCUGACUGUUCGCAACGUGAAAAAUACAGAAAACAACCAAUUGCAAAACAAUCUUCACGCUUGCGAAAAUGCUGCCCACAUGGUGAAAACUUAGAUAUUUAUCGGGAAAAUCAAAGUGACUCUAUGUGCGAUAACGGAAUGUUAAAAUUUGAGCCGACUAUAAUAAGUGCAGUUCUGUUUGACAACUGCAUUGAGGACUUAGAGAUUGAAACUAAACUUGACUACGACAUUGGAAAUCCAUGUAACAGCUCCCUUCAAUAUGACAAUCAAGAGGACGUUUUUUUUGUCUUACAAGACGGUUCAUUAUUAAUUAUUGACAAAUUCGGCAAUGAAUCGUACACAGUCGAAGAAAAUUACUGCUUGGAUAUUGAUAAGUCAGGAAAUAUGUUUGCUUUCACAUGCGUCACACAAGUUGAAGAACAAAUAGCUUUCGCAAAAGUACUUUUUGUUGCUGUUUUAAUGCUCUUAUCUAUGCCUUGUCUUCUGUUAGUAAGUUACUUGCACAUGACACUUCGUUUAUUGCGCAACUUGCAUGGCCUCUCCCUAAGUUUGAUGUCCUUAUGUUUGGCCUCCGGAUACUUCGUGCACUCCGUUGUGCAUAUAUAUGGAAUUCCUAACCAAGGUUUUAUUGGCUAUGUUAUACAGUUUUGCAUUUUAAGUUAUUUUUUCUGGUACUUCUGUAUUUGCUUUAAUGUUCUCUUGAAUGUAUGGUAUAAGUUACCCUGUUGCAUUCAGCUUUCAAAGGCCUGGAGCACUUUUAAUUUCGCAUGCUACACUCUUUUGUCUUUUUCUGGAUCUGCUGCAAUAGUUUCACUAACCAUUCAAAAGGGAUUGCCAGGAAUGCCUUCUUACUUCCUGCAAGGCCUCACGGAAUCCAUACGAGACUCACAACGUUACUUCAUACCACCAGUUUCAACUAUACUUUUUCUUAGUUUCUUGAUAAACAUAAUAUCUUUCUUCGGAUUUCAACGUCUUAACGGGUACGAAAAAGCUGAAAAGAGUAAUGAUGAUCGGAGAAACUUAUUGUUUGAUCAGCAAAAAUUCGAAGAUGUUAAAAAAGACGCCAAAUGUGUAAGCUUACUUGGAAUAAUUAUGGUCAUCAGUUGGCUUCUCGAAAUAGUAACAUUUUACUCGGGAUCAAACUCAAAUUACCUACUGAUCUGUGACAUGGUGAAUGGUCUCCAAGGAGUUUGGGUAUUGCUUAUUUUUCUCGUUGUGCGGAGACGUCGCACUAUAAUAUUAAGGUGGUGGUAUGAUCGUGGUUCCCAUGAAAUUGAAGAAACAGAGCUUCAAGCUCUUAGUAAUAGAAACAAUAUCACAUAGAUAUGAUCUUCUAACAAAUUGUUAUUAUUACAUACUUUGACCCGAAAAUUAUUACAUAUUCAUAUAAAAUAAUUAAGGAAAGCUCCAAAAAGUUAAGAAAAAAAUCGAACUAUCAUAUCUAAGAAUGUUGUAUUGUACCCGGUACUCGCAUAAUGUAGAUUAUUUAUAAUAAAAUUAUAUAAAGAAACA